GGGGGGCAUUCUUAGCCAAAAAAAAAAAAAUGGAGGACCACCUAUCAAAGAUACCCAUGAUUCCUUCUGCCUCUCCUACUGAAUCGUCUGGAAGCGGUGGCACUGAUGACAACAGAGGAGCCAAGAGUCCUGGCCCGGGAAAAGCUCUGAGCCCGGCGCUGGUCUGUAAAGUGUGUGGAGACACCAGCAGUGGGAAACAUUACGGCAUCUACGCCUGCAACGGCUGCAGCGGCUUCUUCAAGCGCAGCGUGAGGAGGAGGCUCAUUUACAGGUGUCAGGCCGGAACAGGCAUGUGUCCAGUGGACAAACCUCAUCGCAACCAGUGUCAGGCAUGCCGACUGAAGAAAUGCCUACAGGCGGGCAUGAAUAAGGACGCCGUGCAGAAUGAGCGGCAGCCCCGCAGCACCUCUCAGGUCCAUCUGGAUUCCAUUGACAUGGACCCGGAGAAGGAGCACCUGGCCACCACAAGAGAGCCCACUUCCUCUUCCUCAUUCUCUUCCUCGUCUUCUUCAUCCGCGUCGUCCUCCUCAAGUGGUUCUGUCAUCACGUGGCCUCAUAUCACAUCUUCCAUGGCCAUUAGCUCAUCUGUGGCCUCCCAGCGCUGCAUCAGUCCACAGAACAACCACCGCUUCAUGGCCAGUCUCAUGACAGCCGAGACCUGCGCCAAGCUGGAACCUGAGGACGGUGAGGAAGUUGACGAGAACAUCGAUGUCACCAGCAAUGAGCCAGAGCGAGAAUCUUCGGCGUACCACAUGGCUCUGUUCCCGUCUGGCUCAGAAAAUGUGUACGAGACCUCGGCCAGGCUUCUCUUCAUGUCUGUGAAAUGGGCCAAGAACCUGCCGGUGUUUUCCAACCUGCCUUUCAGAGACCAGGUCAUCCUGCUGGAGGAGGCAUGGAGUGAACUCUUCUUGCUCUGUGCCAUCCAGUGGUCUCUGCCUCUGGACAGCUGCCCGCUGCUCUCACUGACAGAUCUGUGCCCGGGCAUGCAGGGGAAAACCAGCUACACCAGCCUGGACCUGCGCCUCCUGCAGGAAGCCUUCAGCCGUUUCAAGGGGCUGGCUGUUGACCCCACAGAGUUCGCCUGCCUCAAGGCCGUCGUCCUCUUCAAACCAGAAACACGUGGCCUCAAAGAUCCAGAACAAGUGGAGAACCUGCAGGAUCAGUCUCAAGUGAUGCUGGGACAACACAUCCGCUCACACUAUCUCAGUCAGCCCGCCAGGUUUGGAAAGUUGCUGCUUCUGCUGCCUUCUCUGUGUUUCGUGACAUCUGAGCGGAUCGAGCUGCUGUUCUUCCACAGGACCAUCGGAAACACGCCCAUGGAGAAGCUGUUGUGUGACAUGUUCAAAAACUAGAUUAUUAGUCAUUGAUUAUUAGCUUCACAGAACAGUAUUCAUCAAAGAAGUGAUUUUUCUAUAUACAUAACAGAGAUUCUGCUGGAUUUUUUUUUUUUUUGAAAGGCUGUUAUAUUGUGGAUUCCUUAUCAAGUCAUUCCAGGUGAAAAUGU